AUGUCCACCAUGAGUUCCAAACCAUUGGUUUCGGUCGAUGAGCCCUCGAGUCCCGCAAGUAACUGCGGGGAGGAGAUGACCUUGAUGAACGUGGUGCCCGUGAGGGCAUACCAGCCGCCCUUCGUCAUGCCUCCCUCUGCCGCCACCCUCCGCCGCCGCCGCCGAUGGCAGCGCCGAUUCGGAUUAAAUCUCCCGAAGAAAAUCCUCACUCUUCUCUUCAUCGUCACGCUCUGCACCGUGCUGGCCGUCGUAAUCUGGCUCCUCAUCACUUACCUGGAGCGACCGGCUGAACAAACCAUCUACACGCCCCCAGGGAUUAAAUUCACUAUCAACUGCAACGAGACAGACACUACCGUGAACAAUUCAGCUGUCGAGAGAGUCUCUUUCAGGAUAAACAGCAAGAACUCGUUGUUGGAGAUACACAACACUUCCUGGCGAGAGUGGCUUCCCGUGUGCGAAGAGAAUUGGAAUUCGUCCAUCUGCAAGUCGAUGUGCCGUCAUAUGGGAUAUGUCAGGUGUGUGAAUUAUAGCGUAGUGAGCGUGAGAGAUAUUGGAUCCAAUUACACCCACGGAUUCAUUGAGAUCGAGAACAAGUGGGACCACAACCUGGAAAACAUCUGGCACUACAGGACUAGCUGUGGGUCUGGCAAAGUGAUACAACUAAAGUGCUCUGAAUGUGGAGAGAAACACGUCUUCUCUAUGAUAGUUGGAGGCAGCGAUGCUUCGCUGGGCAGUUGGCCGUGGCAGGUCACACUAUACAACAACUACAACCACGUGUGUGGAGGCUCCAUCAUAGACCAGUUCUGGAUCCUCACUGCAGCUCACUGCGUGGAAAAGUUCCCAGUCAAUUCCAGAUGGUUUGUCUACGCUGGGGUGGUCAAUCGGCAGCUGCUCAUGUUCUCCAGCCUCCCCACCUUCUACGCGGAGACAGUCAUUUAUCACAAAGACUACGAUGACGCCAGCCACGACUAUGACAUUGCCCUCAUGAAGCUGAAAUUCCCUAUCCAGUUUUCUGACACUAUACGGCCUGUCUGUUUACCGCGGUAUAACCAAGAGUUCCCGGCAGGGAAGAAAUGUUGGAUAUCUGGUUGGGGCCACAGCAGCUCAGAUGCCUAUGCGAUAGAAGACAACUUAAAGGAAGCUUCAGUCCCAUUGAUUAGCACCAGGUGGUGUAACAGCAGCUGUAUGUACAACGGCAGCCUCACCCCCAGGAUGAUGUGUGCUGGGUACAAGGACGGCAAAGUGGACGCUUGCCAGGGAGACAGUGGAGGCCCCUUAGUGUGUGAGGAUGUCUAUGCCUGGCACCUGAUGGGGGUGGUGAGUUGGGGUCUUGGAUGCGCUAAAGCCAAUUACCCCGGGGUCUACACCAAGGUGACUGAAUUUCUGGACUGGAUAUACAAUGUCAUUGAGUCUCACUAAACCACACGAUCCUGCUAUCACACUGUUGUGGCGAUUGGGAGAUGGAACCAGGCGUGUGGAUCCAGUGUUUUCUCCGCCAAGUUUUCCUGGUGACUUUGUGUGGCUUUGGAGGGGGUGGGCGGGUGGAGGGGGUGUCUUAUUGUUGACUGGAUUUUUGUUCAAUAACCAGGAAACAUCGGUGUGUGAAAGUGAUGGAAAUGGGUCUAAAAUGCCCCCAAAUUGACAACCCACGUAGCUCGCCCGUCGUUCCUUGUUUCAUUGGCCUGACCGCUUUCGCUAUCUCUUUCGCUGGAGUGAACCUUGUGAUAGGAACAAGAAAUGGUGCUUCUAUUAAUGGCAAACUAUGUGGUUUUAGCUGGAGAGACUUCAGCAGUUAUCCCAUCACACGCUCUGGGCUCCCCUUGCCAACCUGC